AAAAAAAACCAAAAAAAAAAAAAAAACCAAAGUGAAUAAAUCCAAAAAAAAAAUGCCCACCAUAGCCAUAACAGGCGCCUCCGGCAAACUGGGCGGCGCCACCCUCGCGGGGAUCCUCGCGCACCACGAGAAGCUUCUCCCCCCCCCUUCUUCCUCACAUCUCCUCUCCAUCAUCGCCCUCACCUCCUCACGCCCGGGAUCCGCUACCUGGGACCGGCUUCUUGCCACCGCCGCCACCACCAACGACAGCAAUGGUAGCGAUGGUGGGGAAGGCGGUGGUGAUGAUGACAGGAAGGUGCGCGUCGAGGUCCGCCACGCCUCCUUCGAGGACCCGGCGUCGUUCGAGGCGGCGCUGGAGGGCGUGGACCGGUUUUUCCUGGUCUCGACGCCGCACAUUGCGCUGGACUUUGAGGAUGAUGAGGAGGAGAAGGGGGAGGGGGGGGAGGGAAAGAAAAAAGCAAGAGCAGGCCGCGAAACGCACCACCGCGUCGCUAUCGACGCCGCUGUCCGCGCUGGCGUGGGGCACGUCGUUUACGCUAGCCUUGCGUACGCCUUCUCUUCCUCUUCCUCGGGCGCGGGGUCGGGGUCGGGGUCGGGGUUGGGGUCGGGGUUAGGCAGCAGCAAGGCGGCGGUGAUGCGCGCGCACCUGCGCACGGAGGAGUACCUUGGCCAGCUUGAGCGCGAGGGGAAGCUGGCGCGGGUCACGAUUGUGCGCGAGGGCUUGUACAGCGAGUCGUGGCCGCUGUAUCUGGGGUAUUUUGGUAGUGAUGGGGUGGACGAGAGGGAGGAGGUGGUGGUGGCGGGGGACGGGAAGGUGUGCUGGACGGGGAUUGGGGAUCUGGGGGUUGCGUGCGCGGUUGUGUUGCUUGCGCCUGGAGACGAGGAGAAGGGGCGCACGUUGUUCUACCUCUCCACGAGACCGGCAGCAGCGAGGAGUCUGAAGGAGAUAGCGGGGCUAGUGGGCGAGGCGAGGGGGAAAGAGGUUCGGGUUAAGAUUGUGGACAAGGAGGAGUAUGUGCGACACUAUGUGGAGGAGAGGGGGAGGGAGAGGCCCGCGGUGAGGUGGUGGGCGAGCACGUAUGAGGCGCUGGAGGAUGGGGAGUGUCUUGUUGACGAUCCGACGUUGGAGGCGUUGCUGGAGAGGGUGGGGGUUAGGCCUACGUCUAUUGAGGAGACUGUUAGGGCGAUGGUGAAGAAGCUGUAA